AUGUGGAUUUAUGACGUCGAUGAAGUUUUUAUUGCUUUUUAUCGGGAAGAAGUCGACUUGGACCCAAUUUACGUCCUUAUCAACUAUAUCCCUCCCUCUGUCUCUGGUGUCAAAAGAGCGCGUGCACUGGUACACUCGCGACGAGUCGGAAUUUUUUUCAAGAAAAACCAGGUCACGCUUACAGUGGACAACUUAUCCCAACUUACUCUCGACGCCAUUCACAAAGCUUUAUCAGGUCCAGAAGACAUUGAAGUGAAAGGCAUGGGCCGCAGUUUCUCCGCCGACGUUUCUAGCAAACCACUUCCUAUACCCAAAGCGAACGAUACCGAUGUGGUACAACGCUCAUUCUCAGAAGCCUAUGCAAGCCCACCCCGAAAUUCUCCUCCAAUAGCACGGUCACCGCCGAAAGCGGGCAGCAGCAUAUUCAGCAAUCUAUUGAGGCGCAAGAAGAAGCCAAACGAGACUGUCAAAGAUUCCCAUGACGCUCCUCCACCGAUCCCCCCAAAGGACGAAGGCAGACAUGCACAUGUCCAUUCCUCACAACCGUCUCGCACUUCCGAUGUCACGAAGGGACUACUUUCGAUUGAACGAGAGCACCCCAACAUUUCGGAAUUCGCUGUGAUAUCUCACGGACAUGACACCGACGAUAUUGUGGUAAUUGAGCCACAAUUUCCCCAGCGGAAGCCGGCACAACUAUAUUCAUUGCCAUUACAUGGGAAAUGGGCAUCGCAUGAUACUUCUGGGUUCUUCGAUCCUGCCGAGCGAGCCCGACGACGGCUGGAAGCUCAAAAACAAAGGGAGAAGGAAGAGUAUGAAGCGUUGCGCGCGGAAGAAGCGAGGCAGGCACUUUUGAAGCGACAGAAGGAGGACUUUCGGCGGCAGGAAGAGGAGGAGGAGUUGGAAAGACGUAAGUCGAUUGAGGCUGAGGUGCGGAGGGGUAAGGCAGAGCGAAGAAGGAAGGAGCGUAUGGAGAAGGAAGAGGAGGACAGGACACGGAGGGAGUUGGAGGAGAAGAAAAGGUUGGAUCGGCAACGACGGUUAGAGGAACAUCAACGGCUGGAGUCGUGGCGGACUGAACAAGCGCGUAAGAAUGAGGAGGAGGCUCGGCGUGCGGAGGCGAUGAAGAAAAUGGAGGAGGAGGAAAGGAAGAAGAAGAUUCUGCUGGCAGAGAAGAAGUUGACGAAGAACGGGAAGGCUGCGGAAAUUUUGACGGGGUGGGUUACCAUUCAACGGGGCGAUGCCCAUGUCUGGAAACGGAUGUUCUACAAGUUCGUUGGGAAUACGGUGUAUUUCUAUCGACAUCCUAAUGAGACCCAUGUUGUGCUGGAGAAGGUGGACUUGCCUGGCAUAGUCCGGGGAUUGAAGGAAUGGAGUGAGGGGUACGAAGCGCUGGAAGCUAUCCCGUUCUCCUUUGUGAUUGAGUUCAAAGAUGGAGGGGUGUGGUCGCUGUACUCGGAUUCAGAGGAGGAAAAGUUCCAGAUGUUGGGACUGUUACAUCAUGCAGCUGGGCUGUAAUAUUUAUGUAUCUAAUAUGUAUCAUCUCUAUACCCAUUUCGCCAAGCUCACAGCUCAACGAAGUCUUGCCAUGUCCUUUGUU